AUGAGCGGCGAUACGUCGAACGACGUGGAGACGCGUCGGCGAGUGCGGGAUCUGGGCCUCCGGGGCCGCUGGCAGGAAGCCCUGGAGCUGCUGGAGUCGCUUCAGCAGUCUGGCUCAACGGUCGAUGGCGUCACUUACACUGCGACCAUGUGGUCCUGCGUCAAGAACCAGCAGUGGCAGCCUGCGCUAAAGAUCUUUGAUGAGAUGCAGCGGCAGCGUCUACCUCUCGACACGGUCUCCGGCAACGCCGCCCUCUGCGCGCAACAGCAGGCAGGCCGCUGGGAGGAUGCGCUGCGGCUCUUCGAUGACAUGAGGUCUAAGCGUGUUGCGGUGGACCUGAUCAGCUACACAGCCGUGCUGGGCGCCUGCGCAGACGGUGGGAAGUGGUCUGAGGCGCUGGGCCUACACAAGGCCAUGCUGCGAGACGGCGUGCCGCCCACUGCCGCCACUUGCAGCGCUGUGGUGCGGGCGUGCGACGGCCGGUGGCAGCAGCAGCUGCAGCUGCUGGAAGAGAUGAGGCGGCGGGGCCUGGAUCCGGAGCUGGGUGCCUACGAGGCAGCGGUGCGCAGUGCGCGGCAGGCGGGGCGCUGGCCGCAGGCGCUGGAGAUGAUGUCGGCCAUGUGGCAGCGGGGCCUUCAGCCCGGGGUGCAAGCUUACUGCGAUGCGAUCAGUGCUUGUGAGGAAUGUGGACAGUGGGAGGAGGCCCUGCGCCUCUUCGGGCUGCUGCGGAAGUUCAGGGCCUCGCGCUCCGCAGAAAGCGGCGCGCGCCUUUCAGCGUUCGCCGCGGCGCUGCGCGCUUGCGACCGCGGGAAGCAGUGGAUCCACGCUGUGGAGCUCCUCAAGCAGCUCUGGCAAGAAGAUGUGCCAGACACGGCCUGCUGCGACGCAGUGAUCAGCUGCUGCGAAGCCUGCCAGGAGUGGCAUCAGGUGCUGGAAGUAUUCAACGAGAUGCGCCAGAGUGGCAUCAAACCUUCUUCUAACUCCUUCAGCGUAGUUGCCACAGCCUGUGCGGCGUUGGGCGCGUGGCAGCGCGCCCUGCGGCUGCUGGAGGAAGCAGAGGAGGAGAAAGAGGAGCCCAGCGGCGAGGUUGUGGCCAGAGUAGCUGGUGCCUGUGCUGAAGGCAGCCAAUGGGAGAGAGUGCUGCAACUUCUAGCAGACGCGCGGCGCCGCGGUCUGCGGCCGGACCUUCACUUCCUCCGAGCGGCACUGGAAGCGUGCGCCAGCUGCGGGGCUUGGGAGCAGGCGCUGCUCCUCCUGCAGGAGGCGCGGAGGCGCGGCUUUCCACUGGGCACCAAAAGCAUCAACGCUGCCAUGGCCGCCUGCGCCGGCGGUCGGCAGUGGGGCGAGGUCUAUCAGCUCUUUGAGGAGAUGGAGGCCCAGCUUGUGUCAAAAUCGGAGGAACCUCCAAGUGGCUAUGCAUCGGACAUCCCAUUCAAUCACAUUUAG